AUGGUUUCAAAGAGGGCCCGGUUGGCUGUGAUAAAUGCGCACGAUGCGAGGAAAGAGAACAAGAGGGAUCUCACACCGCCACCGAGACAGCGACACGGUGGUGUGCGGUACGUGAAGCAUCACGGGCCGGGCGACGCGAUCCACGCGUUCAUGAGGAGGACGCCCGCGCAUGGCUUCGGCGCCCUGCUGCAGGGAAAGUCGACCGCCGGCCGCAUCUUCUGGAUGCUCUGCACGCUUCUGUUCUACGUUUUCGGAAUCGUGGCGCUGGGCAUGGUUAUCUCACGUUAUAGGGAGUAUCUGUACAGACAAAAUAUCUCGGUACGCAACACUGCCGUUGACUUUCCCACCGUUACAAUAUGCAACAUCAAUCCAGCCAGAGUCAGCCAGCGCCAUCUAGGGGGCGCGCAGUUCGAGGCGGAGGUGGCAGAGCUGGAGAGCAACGUGCAAAGUAAAUUUCAGUCGCAGGAGUACGUAGAUGCAGUAAGCUCGUUGAAGGCGGGUGUGACGUCGCCGCUGCACGUCGGCCGGGAGUCGUUCGCCAUCGCGCUGUCCAAGCUGAACGCGAGCGAGAAGGUGGCGAUGGGACAUCAGCUAGAGGACAUGGUCGUCUCCUGCACGUUCGCUGACGAGGACUGCGACCUCGAUAAGUUGCUGUUGAACGUUGAGGAGGGCGAGUACAGUCAGUGGCUGCACGACGGUACGGCACUGCGCGUCGCCGUGCACGAGCGCGGCUCCAUGCCGCAGCCCGACGUCGCCGGCGUCGUCGUCUCCCCGAGCUCGCAGCUCACCGUUAGACUGACGACGACGAGCUUCGAGCGCCUGGGGUCGCCAUACAGAGCGGCCGACUGCGCAACAGAAAAUCACUUCACCGCCACGACGUUUACAGAGAAUUUCGGAUUCGACUACACGAAGAGCUCAGAGAUAGAGUACGGAUGUGGGUGUUACGAUGCAAGGCUUCAGCCAACUCUAGCAUCACACCCCUGCGAGGAACAAAACCGCGAGGAUCUGUCUUGCAUGAUGGCCCGCACCAGCGAAUACGAAAAAGGUCAAAGUUCGUGUAACUGCGUCGACGAGUGCAGAUUGGCAAGCGUUGAGGUUCAUUUUAUGGACGUCGCCCAGACGCAAGUCAAGGAGGUGCCGGUGAUGGAGGUUCCGGAAGCGUUGGCGCAGGUGGGCGGGAUGCUGCGAUUCUUCACGGGCUCAACUCUGCUGACGGGAGUAGAGAUGGCCACUCUCUUCGUGAACGUAUUCGGUCUCGUCUGCUCGAGUGGAAGCUAUGUCUCCGUAGAUUAG